AUGGCUUCCAGAGCAGAGGAAGAUUACUGCUGUCCAGUUUGUGAGGACAUCUUUAAAGAUCCUGUUGUUCUGUCCUGCAGCCACAGCUUCUGUAAAGUCUGUUUGCAGAACUGGUGGAAAGAGAAACCAAAAAGGGAGUGUCCAGUUUGUAAGAGAAGAGCUUCAAGGGAACCACCUAUAAGCAUGGCCUUAAAGAAACUCUGUGAAUCAUUUUUACAACAGAGAAAUCAAAGAGAUCAGAGAAAUAAGACAGAUCCGACAGAUUCAGAGUCUGUCUGCAGUCUGCACUCAGAGAAACUCAAACUCUUCUGUCUGGAUCAUCAGCAGCCAGUUUGUGUCAUCUGUCAAACCUCAAAAAUACACAAUGACCACAGAUUCAGACCCAUCGAUGAAGCUGCUCAGGAUCUCAGAGAGGAGCUCCAGAACUCCUUAAAACCCUUAAAGAACAAGUUAAAGUCUUUAAAGAAAGUCAAAGGAGAGUUUAAUGGAACAGCAGAACACAUUGAGGUCCAGGCCCGACACACAGAGAGGCAGAUUAAGGAGCAGUUUAAGAAGCUCCACCAGUUUCUCCAAGAGGAAGAGGAGUCCAGGAUCAGAGCUCUGAGGGAGGAAGAGGAGCAGAAGAGUCAGAGGAUGAAGGAGAAGAUGGAGGCUGUGAGAAGAGAGAUAGCAGCUCUGUCACAAACAAUCCGAGCCACAGAGGACGAGCUGAGAGCUGAACACGUCUCAUUCCUGCACAAAUACAAGGCUGCAGUGGAAAGAGUGCAGCAGCGCCUCCUGCUGGAGGAUCCACAGCUGGGCUCAGGAGCUCUGAUAGACCAGGCCAAACAUCUGGGCAACCUGAGCUUCAACAUCUGGAACAACAUGAAGGACAUGGUCUCCUACACUCCUCUGGUUCUGGACCCAAACUCUGCAGGUCCAAACCUCAAAGUGUCUGAAGAUCUGACCGAGGUGAAACAAAAAGAAGAACAGAAGCUUCCACAUAAUCCAGAGAGGUUUAGAAAUUGCUGGGUCCUGGGCUCUGAGAGCUUUACCUCAGGGACUCACAGCUGGGAGGUUGAAGUUAUGGACAGUAAAGAGUGGUCACUGGGUGUAGGAACAAAGUCUGUCCAGGAAGGGAGUCUGUCUCAGGUGUGGGGGAUCCGGUUCUGCAAAGGUAAAUAUUUAAUCUGGACUUCAGCAAGUGGAGUCACUGAUCUUUCAGUUCAGAUAGACUCUAAGAGGAUCAGAGUGAGUCUGGACUUUAACGGAGGAACAUUGUCCUUCUCUGAUCCUGAUACAAACACACACAUUUACACCUUCACACAUACUUUCACUGGAAAAAUACUGUUUCCAUAUCUUAUAACGGUGGAUGAACCCCCAGUGAAGAUUUUACCUCUGAAGUUCUGUGUGACGGCUGAUAAUGAAGAUGAUGAUGGUGAUGAACCUUCUGCUUGA